UAGAGGAGGCAGAGAAAAGCCAGCAGUCAAAGAAAGAGGGAAGCGGGGAGGAGAAAGAGAAGAAGGAGGAGGAAGAGGAAAAGAAAAAAAAGAGGGAAAAGAGAGAGGGGGAGCAAGAGACGUCUGGAAAAUAUUAUCCAGCCUCUGUUCCAACUGUUGAGGCUGCCUUGCUGCUGCUGAGACGCCGUGAGAUAGAAGCCCCAUUCAGUGCAACCAAAGAGACUUUUCCUACUGAUGCUGCUGCGCCCGGCUCAACUUUCUUAACGACUUUCGCGACGGGCGCCUGGAGGAGUCCACCGCCAGAAACAAGCCCGCUGAUUAAUAUAUCUGGAAGCCAACUUUUUGCUUUCCUUUUGCGUCUUUUUUUAAAGCAAGCCAAGGGUGGGAAUUUGAAAUUGAGGGAGCUGGGAUCCAGGUGGGAAGAAUGGACCCUGCCUGUCCUUUUCCAUGCUUCUGAGGCAGUUUGCAUCCAGACCCUCCAAAAAUUCUCCCCAAAGCGCGAGUUGGUCUGUUACCUCAGUCCUGGGGGGCAAAGGGCUACAAAAUCCCCGCACCGCCCGGCCGGCCUCUUAUUAGAUCUUGGAUGAGCGAAGGAACAGCAGGAAGACAAGAUGCAUUGUGAGAGGUUUAUAUGCAUCCUGCGGAUACUUGGAACCACACUAUUUGGGGUGUCUCUUCUGCUUGGAAUCUCAGCUGCUUACAUUGUAGGCUAUCAGUUUAUCCAAACGGACAACUAUUACUUCUCCUUUGGACUCUACGGUGCUAUUUUGGCUUCUCACCUCAUCAUCCAAAGCCUGUUUGCCUUUCUUGAACACAGAAAGAUGAAACGAUCUCUCGAAACGCCAAUCAAGCUGAACAAAACUGUUGCCCUUUGCAUCGCUGCCUACCAGGAGGACCCCAACUACUUAAGGAAAUGUUUACUUUCAGUGAAAAGGCUCACCUAUCCUGGAAUUAAGGUGAUUAUGGUAAUUGAUGGGAAUUCGGAAGAUGAUGUUUACAUGAUGGACAUUUUUAGUGAAAUCAUGGGCAGAGAUAAAUCUGCUACCUAUGUCUGGAGGAAUAACUUUCACCAGAGAGGUCCUGACGAGACAGAAGACUCCCAUAAAGAGAGCAUGCAACAUGUCACUCAGCUGGUCCUGUCCAACAAAAGUGUCUGCAUCAUGCAAAAAUGGGGUGGGAAAAGAGAAGUUAUGUACACAGCAUUCAAAGCGCUGGGGAGAAGCGUGGAUUAUGUGCAGGUAUGUGAUUCUGAUACAAUGCUGGAUCCAGCUUCAUCAGUGGAAAUGGUAAAGGUUUUAGAAGAAGACCCAAUGGUUGGAGGUGUUGGGGGAGAUGUACAGAUUCUGAACAAGUAUGAUUCGUGGAUCUCCUUUCUCAGCAGUGUCAGAUACUGGAUGGCAUUUAAUAUCGAAAGAGCCUGCCAGUCCUACUUUGGCUGUGUACAGUGCAUCAGCGGACCUUUGGGAAUGUACAGAAACUCCUUACUCCACGAAUUUGUGGAAGAUUGGUACAAUCAAGAAUUCAUGGGAUCCCAGUGUAGCUUUGGAGAUGACAGACAUCUCACAAACCGGGUCCUGAGCCUUGGCUAUGCAACAAAAUAUACAGCUCGAUCAAAGUGCCUUACCGAAACACCCAUUGAGUAUCUCAGGUGGUUGAACCAACAGACCCGUUGGAGUAAGUCCUAUUUCCGCGAAUGGCUAUACAAUGCAAUGUGGUUCCACAAACAUCAUUUGUGGAUGACCUAUGAGGCUGUCAUCACUGGGUUUUUCCCAUUCUUCCUAAUUGCCACUGUCAUUCAGCUUUUCUACCGGGGAAAGCUGUGGAACAUUCUCCUCUUCUUGUUGACUGUUCAGCUCGUGGGCCUCAUAAAAUCUUCCUUUGCCAGCUGCCUUAGAGGGAACGUUGUUAUGGUGUUUAUGUCCCUUUACUCAGUGUUGUACAUGUCAAGUUUACUUCCGGCCAAGAUGUUUGCAAUAGCUACAAUAAACAAGGCAGGAUGGGGUACAUCAGGCAGAAAAACUAUUGUGGUCAAUUUCAUAGGACUCAUUCCAGUGUCCAUUUGGUUUACAAUCCUCUUAGGUGGCGUUAUCUUCACAGUAUACAAGGAAUCCAGAAAGACAUUUUCUGAAUCCAAACAGACAGUGUUGAUCAUCGGUACGAUACUUUAUGCGUGCUACUGGGUGAUGCUUUUGACUUUGUACCUGGUUCUUAUCACCAAAUGUGGCAGGCGGAAGAAAGAGCAACAGUAUGACAUGGUACUGGAUGUAUGAUUUGACCACUGAGUCUUUUCCCAUUUUUGCUGCCCAUGGAGUUUUUCCAAGUGACCUGAUGAUGAACCUUCUAGCAUUUGUGGCACUGAAUUUGAUAUCAUCAAGGGAAAAGGGUCACUGCUGCUGGAACUUGAACAUUAACAAAUUCACGAACAUGCCAAAGCAAAGAGAAAAAGAAAGAAAGAAAGACAGAAAGACAGAAAAGAAUAAUAAUAUUAUUAUUAAUAAUAAUUAAAAUGUGAUUGUGCCUUGUUGGGGGGAGGGGGAACAAAAUCCCAUGGAUUCAACCCAUUCCUGUGGGUGGUCUCCAAUGAUGCACUUUCUUCUGUUGUGCGUACGCCCAAAAGUGUUAACGUCCUAUAUACCUCAUCGGUCAUGCUCAUAUGGACGGACAUGGAAGAAAGAGAGUUUGGAGACACAAGCAAAGGAUCUGAUAACCCCUUGCAACCUAAUUUAUGAACUUCUAGUUGUUCUGUGAUUUUUCUAGGAAGGAAUGUGUGUGUGUGUUUAUACGUGUGCGUGCAUGUCUGUGUGUGUGCAUGUGUGUUUUCAGCUGCCAAAUGUAAUUCCAAAGUCAAUUUUAUAAGGUUUGAUGACCAAGUUGUAUUUUUAUAUAAUUGUAAUUAUUUGUCUCUGUUUACUUUUUACACCAGUUCUUUUUUAAAUCUCAUAUUUUAUAUUUCUGCCAAAAAGUACAUUCUUCCCUCUCCCAACAUUUUUAACAGUGUCUCCUUUUCUAAAUAGGUUUGAAGAAUUCCUACUUUAAAAAGAGAAAAAUACAAAAAACCCUUGCCCACAAUGUGAAAACAAAUGCUGAUUUGAAUUUUUUUUUUCCUCGAUGGAAAGAAUAAAACUUCUCUCUCUA